UUAGUUGAAAAAUUGUCGCGUUUUCGGUUGGAAGUAAUACCGACAGCGAGCUUAUUGUGUUGUUAUUGAAUGAAAAUGAAUGAGUUCAUAGAGUGAAAUAGCACACCAAUUUUGUGUGUAAAAAACGUUUGUUGUAAAAUUAAUCAAAAGUUGUCUGUUUGUAAGUUUGAUGAUCAAAGUCGCUUAAGUUUCAAAUAUCCAAAAUUACUAGCGAAGCGAACUGUGUAUGUGGGAUGUGCAUAAACGAAAUUGUCAUGGAUUUUAUAAAUUGAAAAGCGUUGGAUGCCAUCGGACUUGGAAUUUAACUUUCCAAAAUACAACUUCAAAUCGUUGUGUGAUCGUUUUGAUGGUGGUCAUAUGAGAAAAUAAAAAAAAUGCAACUAAAUGGAAGUAUUGUACCAACAAUGGCAGCAUCCGAACCACCGGAACCGCCUCCUCGAAAUCCAGAUAAAAUUAAUGCGUCACUUGGCAAACAAAUUACUGCUGAUGCGAAAACAAAAUCAGUGGACGCACCCGACAGGCCUGUGAACAACAAUAAGCCAAUCAAAUCAAUAAUAUCUUUGGAUAGCACAACAAGCGCAGCAGAAACAACAAUAGAGUUGUCAACAGACCAUAUCGACAACAGUCACAAUAAGAAACUGGCACCCAGCAAUAUUGAUUCAAUGAAUGAAUCCACGACGACAAUCAACAAGACAACUACAGCCGAAUAUAUGAAUGGUGACGGAGGAUGCAGUGGUAGUAAUUUAAAUAGAAAUGAAAACAAUGUGAUACCGAAAGAUGAGGGUGAAGUGUCCCAUUCAGCCAUUGAGAUAAACAAUAAGUAUCAACUAAUUACUAUAGACAAAAGCAAUGCUAAUAACAUUCAACUCAACUAUAGUAAUAGCGAUGAUGACUUUGGUAGUGAUAGGCAAUUAGAAUUGAGUAAUAAGGACGACAAAAUGGAGAAUGUAUAUGGCAAUCGAAGCGAUAUCAAUUCCGCCAAGGAGCAUUCGUUCGAUAGUGAUUCAUCACAAUCGAUGAAACUUAGAUUGGAAAAUGAACGACUAACGUAUGAAAUAAAUCGUUUGAAAAAGCUACUACAAAACUCCGAUGAUGGAGCUAUCGGUGGCGUAUAUUUGUCAGACAGUAAUAGUGCUGACGGUCAUUCUACAGAUGACAAAAGUCGAAUCGAAAGACUGGAAUCCGAAUUGAAAAAAGCCAAAGAUCAAAUUACAAAUCUACGUAAUGAACGCAAACGACUCAAAGCUGAUAAGAGUGAUCUGCUAGCGCAUGUCAAACAACUAUGUGCUUCAUUACAAGACAAGGAACAGGAGCUGCGAGAUUUUAUUCGAAAUUUUGAGCAUCGUAUACGUGAGACUGAAUCAACUAAUGCAAAAGUAUCUUCCGAAAGAGAGCGGGAACGCUGGUCACUGUUGAAGCAUGCCAGAGAAGAAUCAGAACGAUCACUAGCACUUGCUGCCCAGUUAAAUGCUCGAGAUAUACAAUUACAGCGAAUACAGGAGCAGCUACAAGAGGCUCGUCGCCAGUUGUCCGGAUGUAUGUCCGAUCAGGAAAGUCUGUUAUCAUUCGCUCCACUAACGCCUCCAUCUGGAAUGAUGUCGCAUAUGGCUGGACCAUCAAGUAGUAGUGGUGGAGCUGGCGAAAGAGGAUCCUGUAGUGCUGAUUCGGGAGUGCGAGGAAGUAGUGAUAGAGAAAGUGCGACGGGUGAUAUGAAUUUAAGUGAUGGUCCAUGUGAUAAUGGACCAUGCAUAACUGUUGAUCCUGAUAGUAUAUCGCUCGUGUCAAGUCAUCAUAUGUAUCAAUAUGGAACACCCAAAGAAAGAAGUCCUACACUGUCUCCACUGAACGUAGGAACAUUUUCUCGAUCAAUAGACAGUGGAACGUUGUCUAGAUCGGUAGAGCAUUUACAGGGCUCACCAAUCGAGUCUGAAUGUCCACCAGUUACUAGACGAAUUCAACCGAAGUCCAGUUCUGGAUUAGGGUCUCGAUCGGGAAGAGGUGGAACUUGGGGUAGCAUAUCAAGAGUUUUCGCUAGAACAAGAAAUCGUAAUAAGACACAGGCUGACACUGAGUGCUCGGAAUUUCAAUGGAGCCCAUUAACUGAAGAAGGAUACACUGAGAAAUUACGUCUCCUACGUGAAGCAUCAGCAUUACCAAUCGAACGCUGGAGAGCAUCUCAAGUACUGGCUUGGUUGGAAGUAGCACUCGGUAUGCCUCAAUACAGUAGCAAGUGUUCGGAGAACGUAAAAAGCGGUAAAGUCUUGUUGGAAUUGAACGAUGGAGAAUUGGAAACCGGAUUGGGAUUAACACAUCCAAUGCACAGAAAGAAAUUGCGUCUGGCCAUUGAGGAACAGAGACGCCCGGACUUGAUCAGAUACGCUACUAUUGGCCAAUUAGGGCAUACAUGGGUUGCUUCGGAAUGGCUGCCAGAUAUCGGAUUAAUGCAGUAUACGGAAACGUUUCUGCAUUCAUUGGUCGAUGCACGAAUGCUAGACACGCUGUCAAAGAAAGAAUUGGAAAAAUUUCUUAAUGUCACAAGGAAAUUCCAUCAAGCUAGUAUCGUUCACGGUAUACAUGUCCUUCGAAUUCUUAAAUACGAUCGACAAACGUUGGCUAUGAGACGACUGCAAUGCGAAACGGUCGAUGCUGAUCCCAUCGUUUGGACGAAUCAACGAUUUAUUCGUUGGGCGCGAUCCAUUGACUUGGGUGAAUAUGCCGACAAUCUGAAAGACAGUGGAGUACAUGGUGGUCUUGUAGUACUAGAACCAUCGUUUUCUGGCGAAACGAUUGCAACGGCGUUGGGUAUUCCCCCAUCGAAAAAUAUUAUUCGGCGCCAUUUGUGCACUGAGUUUGAUGCGCUUGUACUGCCGGCAAGAUCACAACUCGGACAGGGCAUUCGAACUGGUGGAUCAGUAGUACCAAUAACAGGGCCCGGUGGCUUACAACAACAAUAUCACUCAAUGGAUCGGCGUUCAAGCGGAAGUCUUAGAUUUGGUGCAUGGAGAGGAUCACAGGGUUCCUUGUCGAAAGCUUUCCGUUUUAACAGCAAAUAUCGCCCGGAUAAACAAUUCGGUACAUCAACGUCACCAACACCAUCUUAUAGCAGCAGUGAAAAUGGAAUUUAUGCAACAAUUGGUCCGCCACCGCUACCGACGACAGCACCACCGAGUCAUCGGGUCAGUGCACCACCUAUGGACACACAAAGUGGACUUUCAUCGAUGCCACGCUCACAACAUCGGCGGGUUAAAAGUAUUAGCGACAUUGAUGCUAUUGCAGCCACUCCCGUUUAAAAUUUGAAAAAACUCUACUCCCAAUUUUGGUUAUAAAUACCCAUGACGUCCACAUCUUAUAUUGACUUUCAGCCUCUGCCUCCUCCCCCAUUUUGUAUUUCAAGUGUUUAAGUAAAGUUGUCAAGAAUGUAUUGCUUUUGAUGAAAUGUUAAAAUGUGGCAAUGGUAAAGCCCAACCAUCGCAUAAUUAAAUUUGUAUUCUUGGAGCGCCAAAUUUACAAAAGUUUGACUUACUUACGAAUAUCCAAUGCCAGGAUUUUACUGCGAAAUGAGUUCGAUAUGUGCGCUCCAUUCCUGGGAAAUGUGAUUACUUAAAUGAAUUCCCCAAGCUUCGAUGCACCAGAUGAAGCAAAAAGAAAUAUUCUAAAAAAGUUCGACUAGUCACUUUGUCACAUUCAACUAACAUAUCUAUAUCUCAAAUUUCGAACGUCAAUGAGUAAUAUUGAUAAACCGGUAAAUUUAAGUAUUCAUUCUGGUCACGGUCACAAACAAAAGUUUUACUAUUCAAAAGACACGAAUUUAUUUCUCACUACAAUAUACCCUAGAGGGAAAAUCCACCUAUCAAAAUCGGACCCAUUUCGUCUGGGAUGGAUAUAUACAUGGAUUAAAAGGUCUUUGCCAGGAGACCUCAAAACGGGCCCUAGACAGUCUCUAACUACAGCUGGUUGCUGGUGGAAGAUCUGCGAAGGUCGAAAAAAGGUGUUUUUUAGACUCAUUUUAUGGCCGCUAAACAUGAGCGAUGCAGGUGAGAAUGGGCUUGUUGAAAAGCUGAGGUCAAGUACUUUCAGGUCAUGCCUAGUUUGAGAACAUCAAUUGUUAGGAAAAAUGUAUAACAAAAAAAUUUACAAAAUCUGUGUGAACUUUAGACAUUUCUGCGCUGGUACUGAUGACGGUUACUGUGAACCUAACAUGUUAGUUGUAACGUAAAUUAUCUAAGCUUUCCAUUAAUAGAUACAUCAAUUUGCUGGUGAACUUUACGAGUAGCGGUUGUACGAACAUAACACCUCUGUCAUGUAGGCAAUCACCGUAUAUUUAUAUGAGGUAUCAAUGGAAAGCUUAGAUAAUUUGUACCAGCCCAGACCUGUCUGAAGCUCACACGGAUUUCGAAAAUUUGUACAUUUUUUCUGAGAUAUAGAAUCGGAUAUUCUCAAACCUCUCAGACCUGAAAGUAAUUGAACUCAGAUUUCCAACGAGCCACUCCCACCCGCAUCGCCGCCAUAAAAUGAGUCUAUAUAUCCAUCCCAGAUGAAAUGGGUUCGAUUUUGAUAAGUGGAUUUUCAAAAGAAUCACUCCUAAUGCUGAAGUUCUACAAUAUAUUGAUAAGAAAUUCG